AUUGAUAAAUAUCCAUCCCCGCAGAAGAUAAAAACAAAAGUUUUCAAGCACAUGCUUGAAAACUGCCGUCCCUCGCGGUGUGCGACAAACCCAGACUGGAGACUUUCAGGUAAACCUUGUUGUGAAAUGCUCUGACAGAUUCCCUGUCCCUAAACGUUCAGUCUUCUAAAAGUCUAGUUUAAGGAAAGGGAAUCUGUUAGAGCAUUUCACAACAAUGUUUAUCUUGUUUACCUGCUAGGCUGCAGUCUGCGUUUGUCGCACAACGCGUCCGUGAAGGGUUUGCUGGAAAAUUAGGAUCGGGAAUCAAAGAUCGAGGAUUGGGGAUCGGUUAAAAAAGAUUACUCGAAAACAAAAUAUUUUAUAAAUUAAUCGUGGAUAGUAGUGAUGUGGGCCCCACAGACUGAGAAUAAAUUUCACAGAACAUAAUCCCCGUUCGCUGUACUGAGCACUAAAUUUAAGUAAAUUACUCCGCGCCUGACUGAUUCAGUGAUUGUUUUGACGAGAAAAAGAAUUUUUCCUGGAAAAUGAAGCACUAUGUUCCAGUGAUACUGCGAUAAGUUAUGCAAUGUGUCAUGUACACCUAGAGAUGUGGAAAAUCAUUUGAAAAACCUAAACAUCCACAAGUCUCCUGGUCCUGAUUAAUUAUCGCCUCAUAUCUUAGAGGAAUGCGCACUGGAACUAUGUACAUCGCUUUGUAAUCUAUUCAACAAGUCGAUCCACUCCGGUUCGCUACCCAGCGACUGGAAAAUUGCACAUAUUAUUGCAGUACAUAAAAAGGGUCCAAAACAUAAGAAGGAAACCUAUCGUCAAAUCUCGCUGACAUCCAUCAUCAGCAAAACAGCUGACAAAAUUGUAAAAUCAAGAGUCAUCUCAUUUUGGACUGAACAUCAAUUACUAAACCCGAGUCAAUUCGGAUAUUUGAAAGGCAUAUCGACAGUGUCGCAACUUUUAAGCUGUUAUAACGACUGGUGCUUAUCAAGAAAUUCGUCAAAAGUGUCUGAUGUAAUAUUUCUGGACCUUUCAAAAGCGUUUGACAGUGUCCCCUUUGAGCGCCUGCUUUUAAAGUUCAAUAGGUACGGCAUAGACGGGCAACGGCACCUGUAGUUUAGGAACUUUUUAACCAAGCGAAAACAAAGAAUACAGAUACGUGGAUCGUAUUUCAAAUGGUCGCCUGAUAUAUUUGGCGUCCCUCAAGGUUCAAUACUUGGGCUGAUUAUGUUCCUUAUUUACGUGAACGACAUACCUAACAUCAUCACAUCUACCGCCAAGUAAUUCGCUCACGAUACCAAAAUCUAUCGACAGAUGAAUAAAGUGGAAGAUUCUAUCGCUUAACAAUCAGAUCUAACCACUCUCGAUCUAUGGGCGGAUCGCUGGCAGGUAAAAUUUAAUCCUAGCAAAUGUGAGGUCAUGAGAAUCACUCAUAAUAAGAACAAAAGUACCACAAGGUACCAAGUCUCGGGUACUGAGUUAAGAAAUGUAUCCAGUUCUAAAGAUCUUGGAGUUAUCAUGGCGAGUGACCUGACCUGGACAAAACAAGUUGAAGAAUUAGUUCACAGGCAAACAAGGUACUUGGCUUACUUAAACGCACAGUGCGUAAUAAAAAUAUGAAAAAUUUUACAAUUUUGUGCAAGACCCUCGUUCGCCGAUCUUGGAAUACGCUAGCCCGGUGUGGUCACCAAAUCUAGCCAAAGACAUCCAUGAAAUUGAGAAGCUACAAAGGAAAGCUUCGCGAAUCGCCCUAGAGCAAAGACGAGAGGAAAUGGCGUAUGAGGAACUCUUUAGAACGAAGGAGGGAAUUUCUAUCCCUGGUAGAGUGCUGUAA